CCCCUUCCCCCAACCCACCCACCAGACCACACUACCACGCCCCUUCCGUUGCCGCCUUGUUCCCCCCCGUUCUCUCUUGCUAUUUACAACCCUUGAGUACAACCACCACCUAAUUCCCUAACUUCCUAAUUUCCCGAUUUCCGCUUCCAUCUUGAUUAGGCAUGAGUAAGCCUGGCCGCCUUCCGUUGCCCGGGAACAUGCGGCCUGCUCUGAAAACUUCCUGGCCACUCAGCAUAAAUCUCCGCGAGUGAUUUAGGAGCCGUUGCGGCGGUGCGUUCGAUCUGCUCCGCACUCUCACCGCAUCCUCCGCGUGGCUCGUUCGAUCCGUGCUCAUGGCUCCAGAUCCCACGGAUCUCCUCCCGGGUCUCCCGGACGACGUCGCGUCGCUCUGCCUCGCGCGCCUCCCCUUCUUCUCCCACCUUCCCGCCGCCGCCGUCUGCCGCAGCUGGCGCGCUUUCUUCUCCUCCCCGCUCCCCUGGUCCCUGCGCGCGGCACACGCCAUCCACCAUGGCGACCUGCUCCUGCUCUGCACGGGUCUCUGGACCAGCAGCGCGGGCGAGCCCGCGCUCGUGUUCCACGUGUGGGAUCCGCAGCUCGACACGUGGAUGCGCCUGCCGCCGCUCUUCGCGGGCCGCGCGUACGCGCCGCACGCCUUCGAGGGCUUCUGCUGCGCCGCUGUGGGCGCCUCGGCGGCAGCGCCGAUCGCGGCGGGGUUUGAGGGCCUGGCAGCGGGAGCAGCGGCAGCGAUAGGACCGGGGACGGUAACAGCGAGAGCAGUACCAAGAGCAUCGGCGCGGGGGGCGCCUUCGGGGGCGCGAACCGCGCCGCUGCCUGCGCGGCCAUCCUUGUUUGUAUUGGGCGGGGAAUACCGUUUCUCCCCGCGCCUGGGCGGCACGUCGUCGUUGGCGGAGCGCAUGCCGCACGUGUGGUGCUUGGACCUGGGCUCGGGUCGCUGGCAGCAGCUCGCCGACAUGUCGCGCUGCCGCGUUAAUCUCCAAGCCGCCGUCGUCCUCCCCGCACCCGCAGCCUCCAACGCCGCCGCCACCGCCGCCGCGUCAUCUCUCGCUACUACCAGUAGUAUCAAUACCGGCACCAGCGCCAGUAGUGUUACCGGCGGCGGCGGCGGCGUCGGCGGUGGAGGCGGUUGUCGGUUGUUGGCUUUAGGCGGCUCGUCGGAUCCUGUGGGUAGCUACGCAGCGACGACACGUGGCGAUGGGCAGGGGGAGGGGGCGGGGGGAAGCGAGGACAGGUGGUUGAGCGGGGCGGAAGCGGAGCUGGAUGGGGAAGGGCGCAUGUGGGUGGGGGAGGCGUUGAGCUUAGAUGGCUUGCUGGAUUGUGCGGUGGAGGGGAACUACAGAGAAACGACAGGUGCUGCUGCUGCUGCUGCUGCUGUUGGGGCUGCUGCUGCUGCUUGGGCUGCUGGAAUGACCGGUGAUAGUAGCUUGUCAGGGGUUUUCAGACAGACUAGUGGUAGUAGCGAGAGGAGUAGCUAUGAGUCAGCGACUGAGCAGCCGCGCACCGCUACUGCGGCUGCUCCCGACGGCAGCAACAGCAGCAGCAGCAGCAGCAGCAGCAGCAGCAGCAGCCGCCGCAGCUGCCGCCGCACGGGCGGGAAUUCCGCGCCCGCGCCUGUGCGCGCCACGUGGCGGCGUUUCGCGCGGAUGCCAGUAGGCGUCGACGCGUCGUGGCGCGUAUCCGCUACGGCCGUGUUCGGCGGGCGCCUUUUCGUCUUCUCCCGCUCGUCACUAGACGAAGCAGGCUGCAUAGAACGCCUAGACCUCUACGAUCUUGCCACGGACACGUGGCUGCCGGUAGGGCUAAUCAGGGGACCGACUGAGGGUUGGUGCCGGGGGACGGUGGCAGCGGUGGAAGACGUGGGGCUGCUGUGCGUGUCUGCGGAGAGGCGCAGGCUGGGACUGGGGGAGGUAGACGUGGCGUGGUUGGAUGUGGCGGCACGGGAAUGGGUGGUGGUGGCGCAGGUGCCGGUGGCGAGGGAAUCAGGGUGGGCCGGGUCCGUGUCAGCUUGCCACGUGGCAGCUGCUGGGGGGAGGGUUUUUGUGCUGACGGAGGGGGCGCUGGCGCAGCGGGUGGGGUUCUGUAUGAAAAAGGUGAAACCCGUGAAUGGCCUGCAUGUGCUGAGAGUCUCUUGGGCUGGGAGGUGUGGGAGGCAUGGGGGGCAUGGGGCUGGUACAGGGAUGGCAGGGAGAGAGGAGAUCCAGGGGUGUUGCAGGGCGGAGGAGGAAUGGAGUGCAGGGGUGGUUGGUGGUGGUGGUGGUGGUGCGGGCGUGAGGGAGAAGGACUGGGAGUUUACAUGGGAGGUGAGGAAUAUGGAGCUGGCGUCUGCUGUUGUGGGCUGUGCUGCCUUGCACAUCUAGUUGCGCCUGGCAUGGCACAUCAUGGCAUGGCACGACAUGGCAUGGCUGUUCAGCCUUCGCUGUGUGCAUGCCAGGUUGAUGUGUGGAUGGACCCCCCAUGGAUCAUCAGAAAUUCUUUGACCACAAUUGGUGCUAGCAGUCACUGGUGUUCAAGAGAUGAAUUCCUGAUAUGUGAAGUAGACGCCCAUAUUUUGGUAACAUCAAGGAACGUGACGUGAGAAUGAGGGCUC